AUGGCAUCCGUCAAGCAAGCUGCUCGCUCCAUUCCGAUGGCGGACUUGGAGUCCUUCACCGAAUGUCUCAAGGGCAGCCGCCGAAUCCUAGCCCUUCUAGGAGCUGGCAUCUCCGCAGCCUCGGGCCUCCCCACGUUUCGAGGUGCUGGAGGAUUAUGGCGCUCUUUCGAUGCCACCGCCCUCGCAACACCAGGGGCCUUUGAGACAAACCCGGGGCUGGUCUGGCAGUUUUAUAGCUACCGCCGACACAUGGCGCUGCAGGCGCAGCCCAACAAAGCUCACUAUGCACUGGCAAAACUCUCGCGGAUGAAUAAAGAUUUCUUGACAAUAUCUCAGAAUGUCGAUGGUCUAUCGCCGCGCGCAGGUCACCCCGCGGAACAGCUAAAAUUGCUCCAUGGCUCUCUUUACGACCUCAAAUGUACUUCUUUUUAUUGUGACUACACACGAAGCAAUGACUUCACCGAUCCCAUUGUCCCCGCGCUGGAGAUUCCUCAGAAGGCGCUGUUCCCCGCCGGCUCUGGGGAUGACAGCUCCGGUGUCGCCAAUGAAGUCGACAUCUCUGACGCGAGCAACCCGCUUCCUGACUUGAGACCUGAGGAACUGCCAAGGUGUCCCAAAUGUAACGGUUUACUCCGUCCUGGUGUGGUCUGGUUUGGGGAGGCCCUCCCCAAAGACACCCUGAAUUAUGUGGACGAGUGGAUUGAAUCUGGGCCUAUUGACUUGAUGCUGGUCAUCGGCACGAGCUCUCGCGUUUGGCCUGCUGCGGGUUAUACGGAGAUUGCUCGCAGUCAUGGCGCCCGGGUUGCUGUUAUCAAUAUGGAUCCAAACGACGUCGCUGUGAUGAAUUCGACGAAGGGUGAUUGGUUCUUCCAAGGCGAUGCUAGUGUGAUUGUCCCUAAAAUCUUAGAAAGUGUUCUUGGGGAAAUUUGA